UCAAACAGAUUUCAAUGAUUCUACUCAUAAUUGUCGCUUUCUUACCAUAUAUACUUGGUGAGAUUGUGAGAAUUCCUCUCCACCCUUUGAAACGAUCUGAUUCGUUGCUGGGACUUCGUACGAGUUACUUUAAGCCUUCGACGAGAAAAUCGAAUUAUGAAUGGAGUAAACAGAAUACAUCUACACCGGAACAAUUGAUUAAUUAUGCAAACGUAAGUGUAUCAACCAUGUAUCAAUCAUAACAAAAUAUCAUGACCAGAAGUGCAUAUUAUAUGAAAGUUAUUUCAAAUUAAAAGAAUUUCUUAAAGUAAACAAAUUAAUAAUUAUUUCCAUGUCACACUGUCUAAAUUUUGAGUGAGAAAUAAUCAUUUAAUUUAGUUUCAGUAUUAUGGUGAGAUAUCAGUGGGAACUCCACCUCAAAAGCUACGAGUAUUAUUCGAUACAGGAUCAACUGAUACGUGGUUCGCUUCAAGAAAGUGUUGGUUUCUUGAUAUAUUUUGUUGGAUGUUUUCAUUUUACGACAACUCAAAAUCAUCCACUUACAGACCAAACGGUUCCAUUUAUGAAGUCCAUUAUUUAGACAGUGUGUACUCUGGAUUUUGGAGUAUGGACACUAUACGAAUAAACUCUUUGGAGAUCCGUAAUCAAGCGUUCGCUGAAAUGAGGAGUAUUUAUAAUGUCGAUUACUUAUCUGAUAAAUAUGAUGGAAUAAUUGGCAUGUCGAGUAGACGGAUAUCGAAAUAUGGCAAUAUCCCAGUAUUCCCAAAUAUACUUCAGAAUUUUCCGGAUAUGGACCCAAUAUUUUCAUUUUAUUUAAAUCAGGAAAAUGGGACUUCGAUCGGUGGUGAAAUGGUACUUGGAGGUGUUAAUCCUGAAUAUUUUAAGGGCGAUUUCGAAUAUAUGCCAACCGUUCUAAACAAUAUAUGGGCAGUUAGAAUGUCGAGUUUGAUAAUAAAGGAUAUUGAAUUUUGUAAUGGAUGUACUGCUUUGAUUGAUACUGGGACAUCAGUGAUUCUUGGUGGAAGAGAGCAAGUGACAAGAAUCAACUCAAUGCUUGGUAUUUCUUAUCAUUUUGGUGGAAGAAAUGUCCUUGACUGUAAACGAAUCGACAUGCUGCCUCCGAUCGAGUUUAUCUUUCGUAAAAAGAAGUACAUAUUGAAACCACAAGAUUAUGUUAUUAAGGAAUACUUUUGGUUUGUAACACUGUGUUCGUCACCAUUUGACAUUGAUGAUUCUUUACCACCGAAUGUUUGGAUUCUUGGUGACGUUUUUAUGAGAAAUUUCUAUACCGUAUUUGAUUUCGGUCAGAAACGUAUUGGAUUGACUUAUGUUUUAAAUAAGAAGAAUGAAAAGAGAAUUUAAGUAAACAGUAAUAUAUUGCUAAAAUAUAGAAAUUACAAUUGUAUGUGCAACAGUGAAUGAAAUAUAAAUACAAAAUUUAUAGCAAAUUUGAACUCAAUAAAUUAUUCAAAGAUUCCUCAUACUGAAAAUUUUUCCUAGUAUCUACUUAACUUACAAUAUUAUUAUUAUCAUUAUUAUUAUGAGCUUUAUUCAAUAUUAUAUUUUUGGUACAAUAUAGAAUUCUCAAUAAAAAGUACUUCAACUA